CGCGAGCCGCGGACCGGCGAGCGAGGGGUCCUGUCAUUAGUACCUUGCACACUGUCUGUUGGUUCUGUGUUUUCCUCUCUGCGAAAUGGGGGCGACCAAACAGCUUUUGGAAGCUGUCGUAAAAAAGUCAGGCCAGACGGCACUACCGCUGCAGAUUGAAGACUUUUCCCUUUCUUCUUCUCCCGUUUUAUUCGCUUCCUUUUCCCUUCUUUUAAUGCUACGUUGAUCUACCGUCUUGGAGCGAUCUACAGCUCAUUUUCGUCCCUCCCAAAAUGUCAGCGCCUAAGCACCCCGAGGGCAGUACUGAGUCCCCCGCCCAAAACACAUCGCAAAUGUUCGAACUCAACGAGAAAAAAGACUACGACGCGUCCAACUCGCCCGUCUCCGACGAUGAUGCCCACAAGGAAAUCGGUGUAGGAAGGGUCGAGGCCUUCAACAAGGUCCUCUACCAGUCUGGCAAGAAGGGCAAGAUCCUGCUCUGGCUUCUUGGUAUCUCCAUUGGUCUUACCAUGUUCGCCUACGCUCUUGACAUGGGUAUCACGACUACAAUCUUUGGAACGCUUGCGGCUUCGACUUUUGGUGUUCAUAGUCAGCUCGGUACUGUCAAUACGGCUGGUCAGAUCAUUCGUGCUAUUAGCAAGCCUUUCAUUGGAAAGCUUGCUGAUAUUACUUCUCGGCCUACCACUUACGUCGUGGUGCUUGCUUUCUAUGCUGUCGGCUUUGCUGUCGCUGCUAGCGCCUCGGGCUUCACUGCCUACACUGUUGGUAUCUGCUUCACCUCAGUCGGCAAGUCUGGUCUUGAUCUUCUCAGCGACAUCAUUGUCGCUGACUUGACUCCUCUCGAAUGGCGAGGCUUCUUCAGUGCUUGCCUUUCUCUACCCUUCAUCGUCACUGUGCCUGUUAACGGCUUCAUCGCUGAUGGCUUCUAUGAAGAUUGGCGAUGGGGUCUCGGCAUGUUCGCCAUCCUCGUUCCCGCCCUUCUCGUCCCUGCCAUUCUGACCCUCUAUACCAUGCAGCGACGUGGUGAAAAGGCCGGAAUGGUCACCAUGGCCGAUUCCAAGGACGUUCGAAUGGGUCGCACUGAGGCCACGCCCAAGAACCUGACCUAUUGGGCCAAGCUCGCGUACCGUGGUCUAAUUGACAUCGACAUUGUUGGUCUUAUUCUGCUUGGCUUUGCUUUCUCUUUGAUCCUUCUGCCUAUCACCUUGGCCAAGAGCGCAAAGGGCGGAUGGAACAACCCAAGCAUGAUCGCCAUGAUCGUCGUUGGCUUUGUUGUUCUCAUCUUGUUUGGUCUGUAUGAGAUGUAUCUCGCCCCCAAGCCCAUGAUGACCAAGCGCAUUGUCAAGAACCGUGCCUUUGUUGCUGGUGUUAUUAUUCACAUCUUCAACCAGAUGGCUUCUUCUGUUCGCAACACCUACUUCUCGUCUUACAUCCUCAUCAUCAAGGAGUGGACUACAUACCAAUGGACCAUCUUCCUUGGAAUCACUACCAUGGGUCUCUGCUUGGUCGGCCCUGUUGUUGGAUUGAUCCAUCGUGUCUCCCAUCGCUACAAGGGUCUCAUGAUCUUUGGUGCUGCUGCCAGGAUUCUUGGCUAUGGUCUUCUCAUCAGCCCCAACGGAAUGAUGACCCAGGACACUGCUCGCCUCGUCGCUGCUCAGCUCAUCUUCUGCCUUUCUUCCCUCAACGUCGUUGGUGCUCGAGUUGGUGUUCAGGCCUCUGUUCCCCAUGAUGACGUUGCUUCUCUCAUCUCCAUCAUCACUUUGUGGUCUACUCUUGGAUCCAGUAUCGGUAGUGCUGUUGCGACGAGCAUCUGGACUGAGGAGAUGGUGGCUCAAAUGCAUGUCGAGAUGCCCGAUGUUGACGACACCACCAUCGCCACCAUCUACGGUAACAUCAAGACUCUCAAGACGUAUGACUUCUUUGACCCCAUCCGUCAGGGCUCUAUCCGCGCCUACGCCAUCGUCAACGGACACAUCACCAUCGCUUCCAUCUGCUUGUCCUGCAUUCCUCUCAUCGCUUCUCUCUUCAUGCCCAACUUCUACCUUGGCAAGCAGCAGAACGCUGUCAACAACAAGGGUCUUGAUGGUGAGGUUGUCGAUGUUCCAGACCAGAAUGGACCGAGAGACGCAAACGCGACUCAGCAAGAGCCUGCAACAUUCAUGCAGAAGCUGGCUGCUUUGUACCGAAAGUAGAUACUACCAAUCUUUGAAUGUGAGGUCUUAAUGAGAGACCAGAAGGGAACUCUCUGGGCCAUGGGAUGAGGCUGCCAACGGGGCGUUCUCAGUCACCAGUAUCUGACGCUCACUUACCAGAACAUUACCCAGAAUUAUAGCUACAACUACCUUAAUACUAUCACUACAGCUCACAUUCAGUGGGUUUAUAGUCAAGUUCAACCAUUCGCGUGUAUCCUCAAUUUUGCCUCAGAAUGUGACUAAAUGUUAUAAAAACUAUAAUUUCUGUGGC